AAUUAUUGAUACAAUUGAAUAUGAGUCUGGAGAGAGUUUGCAAGACAUCAACGUUUUCUUAACAAUUUCAACUUGGAAGAAUCAUGAUCAAGUCAAUAUUUAUUUUUGUGAUCUCUCUAGCAUUUGCUAUAGGGCAAACUACAUUGCUCAAUAGAAUGAAGAUUGUCGACCCAAACCCAUACUUUUUCCAAGUUUUGCAAGAGACCUUCUAUGAAGUGGAACAAAGGGGAUGGAGCUCUUUCCGAUUGGCAGACUUCACUCAGCAAUUGAAUGAAAUAACCCACACCAACAUGCUAGUAACUGGAAACGUCAGCUACUCCAACGGAUUCUUGGUGUCCAUCGAAAAGAUUGACCUGAACGCCGUUUCUACUUUCAUAAGCCACCCCCUCGUUGACGGUGUGCCAGUUACCACAGCUACUGUAAGAGGGACAGUAAACCUCAGGGAUGCAAGAGUGGGGUAUGAUGCUGUUACCAACAUAACCAGUGAUAAUGGCAAGCAGCGCAGAUACACAGGGAUCUUUACCCACACUCUUAUUCAAGGAAUUUAUCAUAUUUCAAGAAACAUGAACACGAAUGAGACAUCCGUAGCGUAUACAAACCACGGCGUAUCAGGGGGCAGUGGAGUGAGGAUGGUUUAUCUACCGACAGAUGAAAUAUCUGAAAUCUUGUCAUUACGGUUCGAGGCGAGCAGCAGUUUUACGCCGACGAGGAAUUGGUUCGCCAACGAAAUUCAAGCAAUCCUGCUGGAUGUAGCUACAAAUAAAGUACCAUUCCCUGAAGUUUGCUUUAAUUGCUAGAACUGUUUCGUGAUAAACUUUUCUAUACUGCAUUAAA